GAGGGCAGCCGGUGCGGCUCAGUGGCCACCUGUGGGACCAGCGGCAGGGAAGACAGAAGCGAGGCGCGGGACAGGAGUACUUUGCCCCGGAGCUGCCACUCCGCGUCGGGCGAGAUGCUGCGCGAUCGGACGCUCCGGCUGCACUACGGGACUCGCAUCGAGGUCGUCUGCGUGGUGGGCACCUUCCUCUCCACCGACGUCUACGGAGCAGCUCCUGUCGAAGCAGUAACCUUCGGUGUGAAGCACUCGGAUGAUGUUGAAGUGGAAGUCAUUAGCAACGACCAGUCGGAGUAUGCGCCAACAAAUGGUGGGAAGCGAUGGCCCCUGGACCCCAAGACGAUCCUGAGGAUCAAAAUGACCUGUCCCAGCACUGAAAGCAAUGAUAAUAAAGUGACCGUAGGCUAUUUUGAUGAGAACGGAGGUCACCACAUUGACCAAGCUGGCGUUUUCCUGACUGGCAUUGUGAUUUCACUGGACGUUGAUGCAGACCGUGACGGAGUGGUGGAGAAGAACCACCCAAAGAAGGCAACGUGGACAUGGGGUCCGGAUGGGCAGGGCGCCAUCCUGCUGGUGAACUGCGAUAAGGAAAAUCCAUACGUUGGCGUGGAGGACUGCAAAGAUGACAAAGUGUUCUGCAAGGAAGACCUGGAAGACAUGUCCCGCAUGAUCUUGAGGACGAAAGGACCCGACAGGCUCCCUCCCGGCUACGAAAUGGUCCUCUACAUUCCUGUCUCUGACUCCGACAAAGUGGGGGUCUUUUACCUGCAGAAUCCCUUCUUUGGCCAGCGCUACAUCCACGUCCUUGGCCGGGGGAAGCUCUACCACGUUGUGAAAUACACGGGGGGCUCUGCUGAGAUGGAGUUCUUCGUUGAGGGCCUCCGCUUCCCGGAUGACACUUUUGACGGACUCGUCACCAUCCAUGCCAGCCUCCUAGAGCCGGUCACUGAGGGUAUUUCACCAACCCCAAUUUUCACUGACACUGUAGUCUUCCGGGUUGCUCCGUGGAUCAUGACCCCAAACACCUUGGCACCGGUCAACGUUUUUGUCUGCAGUGUGAAGGAUAACUAUCUUUUCCUGAAGGAGAUCAACAACUUGGUCAGCAAAGCCAACUGUACGAUAAGCGUCUGCUCAAGGUACAUGAACCGCGGAGACCGGUGGAUGCAGGAUGAAAUUGAAUUUGGCUACAUUCAUGCACCUCACAAGGGCUUCCCAGUGGUCCUGGACUCUCCGCGGGACGGAGGCCUUAAACAUUUCGCCGUCAAAGAGAUUUUGGGCCCAGAUUUUGGCUAUGUGACCAGGGAGCCCCUGUUCGAAGUGGUCACCAGUCUGGACUCCUUUGGAAAUUUGGAAGUCAGCCCGCCGGUGACUGUCAAUGGAAAGGAGUACCCUUUGGGGAGGAUCCUCAUUGGAAGCAGCUUCCCCUUGUCGGGGGGGCGAAGGAUGACCAAAGUGGUCCGGGACUUCCUCUAUGCCCAGCAAGUCCAGGCGCCGGUAGAGCUCUACUCGGAUUGGCUGACCGUGGGCCACAUGGACGAGAUUGUGACCUUUGUUCCCGUCCCUGGCAAAAAGCAAUUCCGCAUGCUGAUGGCGAGCCCCUUUGCCUGCUACAAGCUCUUCCGGCAAAAGCAGAAGGAAGGUCAUGGGGAAGCCAUCAUGUUCAAAGGGUACACCGGCACAGAUACAAAACGCGUCACCAUCAACAAGGUCCUCUCCAAUGAGAUUAUGAUGCAAGAGAAUCAGUAUGUACAGCGAUGCAUCGACUGGAACAGAGACAUCCUUAAGAAGGAGCUGGGUGUGGAAGAGAAGCAUAUCAUCGACCUUCCAGCCCUCUUCAGGAUAGACAAGCAAGGCAAAGCCAUGGCUUACUUCCCCAACAUGGUGAACAUGAUUGUGCUGUCCAGGGACCUGGGCGUCCCGAAGCCGUUUGGGCCAAUCAUUGAGGAGGAGUGUUGCCUGGAGCAGCACGUCAACACCCUGCUGGAGCCCUUGGGGCUGGCGUGCACCUUCAUCGACGACAUUUCCUCCUACCACAAGCAGCUGGGAGAGGUCCACUGUGGCACCAACGUCCAGCGGAAGCCCUCGGCUUUCAAAUGGUGGAAUGUUCUGCCCUAAACAGAGGGUGCUUGGCUGGUUUGGUUUGGGGCAGGGGGGAGGCAACUGUUCAUCUGAAUCUUCCAAGGGUAGCUUCUUUUUCCUGUCAUUUUAUAUUUCUUUGUUUCGCUUGGGGAAUUAAUUGAUCAGGUUACUUUUUUUUUUUUUUUUAGCGUGUUAGGAAGCAUCCCGAUGCAUUUGUGGGGUUUUCUUGUUCGCUAAUAACUUUGCGAGUGCUGUGUGUGUGUUUUUCCCCCCUCUUUUGCCCACUCGUCACCUUCAGUAAAAUGCCAUCCUCCUUUCUCUGCACAUGCAAGAGACCCAAAGCCCAUUCCAUACUCUGUGUGUGCGCGUGCAUGUAUGACAGCCAUUUGGGAGUUAUGGCAGCUGGAGAUCGUGGUUUAUAUCCAGCCAAGUCUGACUCAGAGUAGGCCCAUUGACAUGAAUAGACUUAAGUUAACCAUGUCUCUUUAUGUCAAUGGGUCUGCUCUGAGUAGGGCAAACAUUGGAUGCAACCCACUGUGUAUCUGGUUUGGGGCAUUAUAUAUACAUUUUAAAAAGGAUUAUAAGAAAUGGAAGCCACUCUCUUCUAAGUGGAGGGUGAUUUGAAAUGUGCUAAUAAAAAUGAGGAAAAGGCU